UCUGAAAUUAUAUAUUUCAUCCAUCAAAUUGUAUGGUACAAAGUGUAUGGCAUUCGCUUUCGCUCAGAAAUAACCUACUCUCGUACUCUCCCCCAGACCUUUUCAGUCACAGCAGCUGUAAUAGCACCAGCUGUAGUGAUUUGCUUAAACUUCCUAAUAUAAUUGCAGUCUGCACCAUCUGAGAUUGUCUCACUAGUCUUAUGAAGUUGAUAAGGUAUGAACAUUGCACUCCUAUUGGGCAAGUAAUAUUUUAGUGUUGGCAACUAAAAACUGAAAUGUACUGGCCCUCUGGGCAAGUGGAUUUCCAAUUUUUUUUCCUGCCCUGAUCCAAAAUAGAUCCUACAGUUGUAUUUACUUGAAACAAUCUGUAUUGUACUCUUGUUGUAAGCUUGUCACCGUGUCCAGGAAGUUGGUACCAUUCAUAAUGGCCCUCCAAUAGAUACUGACAGCAACUAUUUAUGAUAGCCCUGCGUAAAAAGUUGUCUUAUUCAGGAAUAGGUUGUGGGAAAGCUAAUUAGCACUUAGCUUGGAUUAAAAGGUAGUCAUUUCUCUUGUAUGAAGACAUUACUUAUCGCUGACAUUUUGCAUAGUUUGACUUGAAAAAAGAACUUAAAUUGAAUGUUUUGUAUAUUGUGGGGUAUUUUAAUCAUGCUUUGAGCAACCAAGCUCAGGAUUAAAUAAUCAUAACACUCAACACUUUGAUCCCUGAAUUGGUCUUGAUGUUCACAAGUCAAUACUUUGUUUAGAGCACAAUGGAUGACUAUGAGGAGAUGCCUGUGUCAUCAUUUGGAGCAGCCAUGUUGCGUGGAAUGGGAUGGAAGAAAGGGGAAGCCAUUGGAGGUACCAACAAAGGCCUUGCAGAACCCAUAGAGUACAUUCCAAGAUCCAAAGGAUUAGGGUUAGGAGCAGAAAGCAGACCACCAUCUGAUGAAAUGAAUCGAGGAAGGAAACGCAAACCAGGAGACCCAUCUUCAAAAACUGUGUCUGGUCCUAUUAAAGAAAAAGAUGGUCGUGUGAGGCACUUCAAAGGAGUCGGCGAGACAGUUCCACAGGAUACAUCAUUAGAUUACAAGCCUGGCGUAGGAGUGGUAAUAGAGAAAGGCUCCCAUCGGAAUAUGUGUGGAAAGAUCGUUGCUGUAGAUGUCGAUACAUCAAGAAUCACUGUUCAACUUCAUCUAAGCGAAGAGAACAUCACUUUACACCAAGUUAAUGCAAGACUCUUAGAUGAUGUUGAAUAUAAGAUUUUAUUGAGACAAGACAAAACAAAGGAAAAUAGCCGCAAGUUAGAACAAGCUUGCAAGAGAUCUAGAGAUGAUGAUUGUGUAAGUGAAACACAGCCCAACGUUAGUAAACAUUCUAAAGUGGACAAAGGUGAUGACAAAAGUAAAUCCAGUUCACACAAGGAAGGUAAAACUCCUGCAAAAUGCUGGCUGUAUCCACAAACCAAAGUUAGGAUCAUCAGCAAGGAUUUCAAGAAAGGCAAAUAUUAUAACAAGAAGGUGCAAGUUGUUGAUGUGGUUAGUAGAGACAGAUGCAUCUGUCAAACAGAGGAAGGAAGACUUCUCGAAGAGGUACCACAAUCAGCAUUGGAAACAGUUGUACCCAAGACUCUAGACACCCAUGUACGAGUGGUCAGCGGUCAGCACAGAGGACAACUUGCUGUGUUAUUGAAGCGGGAUACUUCAAAGUCCAGUGCUGUUAUUCAACUUUUGUUGGACAAGAACGUAAUAACUGCGGAUUAUGAUGACAUUUGUGAACAUGUUGGUGGUGCGAAUGAUUUCUAAACCUAACAGUAGUGGCUAAACAGCCAUCAACCUGGCUUGCUUGGCAAUGGAGCUACUACUCAUGCCUGACACACCCAGAUGAGAGCAGGCCUCCUUCGAGGGCAUUGUUUAGAGACUUGUUGAUUUCUAAUGACAACGUACAACUAUCAAUAGGAGAGUCAUUUGAUACUACACUGGAGACAAAAAACAUGAAGCUGAUGGCCAGCAUGAGAAGUUACAGUUGAGAUUAGCCUCGUACUUGACAGCGCGUAGUGUCACGUUUUUUAGCCUAUUACAGUGUGCUUUAAACUAAGACCACAGAAUUUCGUGAGAACUGCACUCUUGUGAUUCAUCUGUAGACUAGCAAUUGUAUCCGUCGAAAAUUGAGUGAAAAAGAACAUUACGAGACAAGAACGUUGUGUGACGUGGCAUAUUGUGUGAGGAGACUUGUCAAGAGACUUUCCAAGUUCAGCGUCAAAGCUCUCCUCAAGCUUUGUACAUUUUCUGGUACUGGUUUGUGAGAAUUUGAUUUCAAGUCGGGAAAUUCUUUCUGGGAUUAUCUAUGUAGUCCUUUAUUCUCGUUAGCUGCUUGCUUUAAAGUGGAGACAAUCGUCCUCCUUUACUGCUGGGGUGGAAGUGUCUCAAAGGAGGACCCUCUCUGUUGUUAAGGCUGUUCGCGCGCAAAAUUUUCCGGUCGAUAGAUUUUUUAAAUUUUUAAGGCAGUCAGAAAAUGAGUUACUUGUGUCAGAAAUGCAAAGAAAAUUGGGGGUCACUGUCUUUUCAGAAAAAUUGGCGUUCAUAAUUCAGCAUGGUCUACAGGGGUUUAUAGUUAAAAAUAUUGGAGGUGAGGCAAAUGAAUCAUAUUUUGUAGAA